CCCAUGGCGGAGAACAGCCGCCACUUCCUGAUGUCCGACCGUUCCUUGCACCUGGAGGCUUCGCUCGACAAGGAGCUUUAUUACCACGGCGAGCCAAUCAGCGUCAACGUUCACGUGACCAACAACUCCAGUAAAAGUGUCAAGAAAGUGAAAGUGGCCGUGCGGCAGUACGCAGACAUCUGCCUCUUCAGCACCGCCCAGUACAAGUGCCCCGUGGCCCAGAUAGAGCAGGAGUGAGUAUCCCCCCUCCACAGCGAGCAAAUGUUUAUUUAU